CACGUCGGAGCCCCGAGAUGAACGCCGCGGCGGCGCGAUCGACGCCAGCGUCGUGCUCGUCUCGUCCGUUGGGAUCGGAUCGGAUCGACCGUCGCGGGCGACCAUGCGCGGCGACUAUGUUCGGAGGGCGCUCCUCUUCCUCGUUCACGAGGGAUGUCAUCUCUAGGGCGUUUGAGGAGAGACCCGGUCGGAGGGGCUCCCGGGCGCUGCGAUUCGCCGUGGCCGCGGAGGUACCCCGCUUCGCCCGCGAGGUUUCCCGCGGUGGAUUAGUGGUGGAUCGCCUCGCGUUUACCCCCGUGGGGAGCGGCACGGAGGUGCUCCGGGAGGUGAACCUCCGCAUACCCCCAACCGGCCUGAACCUCAUCGUGGGCCGAUCGGGUUUCGGCAAGUCCACCCUGCUGCACCUCAUCACCGGACUGAGCGAACCCACCGGGGGUUGCAUCACGUUCACGGACCAGCCCGACUUCGGCCACAUGAGCAGCGCCGAGCGUCUGGCCAGGGUGGGGCUGGUCUUUCAGUUCCCCGAGAGGCACUUUUUGGGCAGGGACAUGCUCUCCGAGCUGACCUUCGGGUGGCCCCAGAAACCGGAGGCGUUCCCCAAGCGACGCGCUCUGGCGCUGAAGCUGCAGGAUGCGUUGCAGGCGGUGGGGAUGUCCAACUUCCCGCUCGAUACCCCCGUGGCGUCCCUCUCUGGCGGGUACAAGCGAAGGCUCGCGCUCGCCAUCCAGCUCGUCCGAGAUCCGUACGUGCUGUGUCUGGACGAGCCGCUCGCGGGGCUCGACUGGAGAGCCAGGUCCGAGGUGGUCACCUUAUUGGCUGAUUUACGGAAGGAGCGCGCGAUCGUCGUGGUCAGCCACGACGUCGAGGAGAUCUCCCCGGUGACGGACAGAGCUUUCAGGAUGGGAAAGGGCGGCGUCCUCACGCCCGCGCCGGAGCUCGCGCUCGCGGGGGGGAACCCGUUCGGAAGCGCGGCGUCCGAGUUUUCAUCCUUCUAGAUACGUAGAAUAGGGUGUCGUCGUGCACGGCACAACGCACAUCGCGCGUGGGACAUCUAGCGUUGGCAAUUGACUCUUGUCG